AUGGCGGAACAACUUAUCCUCAAGGGCACCCUCGAGGGCCACAGCGGCUGGGUCACUUCUCUUGCGACUUCCCUCGAGAACCCAAACAUGCUCUUGUCUGGUUCUCGCGACAAGUCUCUCAUCAUCUGGAACUUGACCCGGGAUGAGACUUCAUACGGUUACCCAAAGAGAUCUCUCCACGGUCACUCUCACAUUGUUUCUGACUGUGUGAUCUCCUCCGACGGUGCUUACGCUCUUUCCGCAUCUUGGGACAAGACUCUCCGUCUUUGGGAGCUUGCCACUGGUACCACCACCCGCCGAUUUGUUGGACACAACAACGACGUCCUCUCCGUUUCUUUCUCUGCCGAUAACAGACAAAUUGUCUCCGGAUCCCGCGACCGUACAAUUAAGUUGUGGAACACCCUCGGUGACUGCAAGUUCACCAUCACUGAGAAGGGACACGCCGAUUGGGUUUCUUGCGUUAGAUUCAGCCCUAACCCACAAAACCCAGUCAUUGUCUCCUCUGGAUGGGACAAGCUCGUCAAGGUCUGGGAGCUUAGCUCUUGCAGAUUGCAAACCGACCACAUCGGACACACCGGUUACAUCAACACCGUCACCAUCUCCCCAGACGGAUCCCUCUGCGCUUCCGGUGGAAAGGAUGGAACCACCAUGUUGUGGGACUUGAACGAGUCUAAGCACCUUUACUCUUUGAACGCUGGCGAUGAGAUCCACGCCCUCGUUUUCUCCCCUAACAGAUACUGGCUUUGCGCUGCCACCUCCAGCAGCAUCAUCAUCUUCGACUUGGAGAAGAAGAGCAAGGUUGACGAGUUGAAGCCAGAGUUCCAAGCUGUUGGCAAGAAGAGCAGAGAGCCAGAGUGUGUCAGUUUGGCAUGGAGCGCGGACGGACAAACUUUGUUCGCAGGUUACACAGAUAACAUUAUCCGGGCUUGGGGUGUUAUGUCGAGAGCGUAA